AUGAGGAAGAAAAAUACUUUUGUCGGAACGCCGUUUUGGAUGGCACCCGAAGUCAUCAAACAAUCCGGGUAUGACUUUAAGGCGGAUAUUUGGUCUUUGGGGAUAACUGCCAUAGAACUUGCUAAAGGUGAACCUCCGUAUGCGGAACUUCAUCCAAUGAAAGUUCUCUUCCUUAUUCCCAAAAAUCAAGCGCCUACAUUAGAAGGUCAUUUUUCCCAAAGCGUUCAAGGAUUUUGUUGCAUCAUGCUUAGAAAAAGAUCCGAAUAA